AUGCAUGGGAGUGCCACUGCGCCCCUGUGGCGGCUGAAAGUCAUCAACGGCUGCCAACGCAACGAUGAUCUGCUGCUUCCAGUAGCACCGCAGCCGUCGCUGCUACAGCCAUUCUACGCGCAUUGGCACGACGAGGACGAGGAGCGUCAGAACACGACCGACCCUGCCGCUGAGGACGAGUCUGCGUCGGUCAAUCGCCCCGAUGACAUGAAGACGAGGAAGUCGAAGAGAAAAAAGAUGAAGUUGUCCGCUGCCCGUCGUCGCAUGAUCGCCCCACGUGACUGGCUGAAGAGAAUCCCGCAUCUCGUCUUGGGGCGACACACGUGUCUUCCACGACCGUGUCGGCUGCGGCAUGCCUGCGUAAGUCGGCUGCAUUGCCGUGUGGUGUACGUGAGUGACGCCACCAUGCACAGGCAGCUCCUGUCAAAGUACCCCCCCGCAGGUCGCGGAUCUGCAACUAAUAACCCCAAACGUGUUAGUGAAGACGUGAAGGACUAUGUGGUCAUUGACGACGACGCCAAGCAGGAGGACGGCGAGGGGGCUCUCUUUACGGGGCCAUACUACCGCCUGAUCAACUUUGGAUCCAACCCGCUGUACGUGAAUGACGGACCGCUGCCUGCUGGGGAGAGUAAGGCUCUGUGUGAACACGACUUUGUGGCGUUUCUGGAAAACCCCUUUGAUGCAGAGGGCGGCGUGCUGCAGCCACUGCGGCCCGAGGACGCCGCCGCAACAAACAAUGAGGAAAAAACGGAACCCAUAGACGCAAUCACUGAGAAGGGCCCAACGACUGGUUCGCCCACCGCCCGUGUUCUGUUCGAAAGUGCGAGCACCACAACUGCGGUGGGGGAAUCAUCUGCACAGGCGUGCAAUUUAGAGGCCUGCGCAGGGGCAUGUGUGCCUCCGCUCUUCGUGGAGGUCAACGGGGUGCGAGUUGCACGCUACCUACCGCGGUGUGUGCCACCUGACGUCCUACAGCGCCUCGGCACGGCAGCUGUCACUAUUUCUGGUGGUGCCACGCUGGGACGAAGUCCACAGCUUGCUGUGGACCACAACCGUCUUCUGGGGAGCCUGAGGCGUGAGCCGAGCAGUCGCCCGCUCCCCAAUGAUGAGACGAAGGGAAGUUUCGUAAAGGAGUCCAAGAGCCCAGCGCAGCAGUCAGACUGCGGUGUAGCCAUGGCAACCCUCGCAGAUAAGAGUGAUGAGUACUUCACACCACCACCUAAGUGCCCUGCAGGUGGCAUGGAGCCAGAAGAGGGAAAAGAACACAACAUCGUGGAUGGGGAGGCGGAAGCGGAAGCGGAAGAAGACGAGGGCCUUGACAUUGCUGGCGACGUGGUGUCGCCGCUGCGGCAGCGACUGGUACCAUCGCCUUGGCGAUGCAGCAGCAGUUGUGCCUCUAUGACGCCUGAGGCAAAGGGCUGCCUCGUUGCCGCCUCCAGCGAUGUGCCAUGCCGUGAUGAGAAACCAGCAGCGGCAGCGCCGUUCAUCGUUGUUCCACCGCGGCUGCCCGUGUACAUCUUUGCGCGGCGCAGUCCGAGUCCUGAGGAAUUCACGCGUCAAGCCCCUUUCAUUGGCCGCUUCAAGCCACGACAACCAAAAGGGAACGGGGAACCGGAGGCGAGUGACGAGGCUAAGAAACACCACGCUGACGCGGACGCCACGUCUCAGACGGGGCUGGUCAUGACGGAGUGGGUGCAGGAAAUGUCAGCGGAGGCGACGGUGCCGUCCCCGCAAAGCCGUCGGGGGCGCGUCAAACCCGUGCGGAGGCGACGACGCGUCGAUCGUUAA